GCGAAGACCGCGGCAGCCGGGGCCCGGACUCACUCCGCACCCUCCGCGCGAGCAGCCGCGCCAUGCCGAGCAUGACGCCCGGGGUGGCCGAGGCCGGGCCCACCGGGUGCGCAGGGGAGACCGAGACCCCCUGUGCCAGGAAGAAGUUGCAUUUUGGUAGCAUACAUGAUGCAGUACGAGCUGGAGAUGUCAGGCAGCUUUCAGAAAUAGCAGAACGUGGCAAAAGCAUUAAUGAAGUUGAUGCUCUACAUAAAUUUAGCCCUUUACAUUGGGCAGCGCAUUCUGGAAGUUUAGAGGCUCUUCUAAUCAAUGGAGCAAAUCUCUCAGCUCAAGAUGAUCGUGGAUGCACCCCUUUACACCUUGCCGCAACACAUGGACAUUCUUUCAGUCUACAAAUAAUGCUCCGCAGUGGAGCGGAUCCCAGUAUCACUGAUAAGAGAGAAUGGAAACCUGUCCAUUAUGCAGCUUUUCAUGGGAGACUUGGCUGUUUGCAACUUCUAGUCAAAUGGGGAUGUGCCAUAGGAGAAGUGGACUACAAUGGGAACCUUCCAGUUCACUUAGCAGCCAUGGAAGGCCACCUUCACUGUUUUAAAUUCCUACUCAGUAGAAUGAGCAGUACAACGCAAGCUUUAAAAGCCUUCAAUGAUAAUGGAGAAAAUGUAAUGGACCUGGCCCAGAGAUUCUUUAAGCAGAACAUUUUACAGUUUAUCCAAGGUGUUGAAAAUGAAGGAAAUGAUCAAAAAGACCAGGAAGCUUUAGAAUUUCCAGGUCAUGUGGCAGCCUCUAAAGGUGAUUUAGGAAUGCUUAAGAAAUUAAUAGAAGAUGGAGUAAUCAAUAUUAAUGAACGUGAUAAUAAUGGAUCUACUCCUAUGCAUAAAGCUGCUGGACAAGGCCACAUAGAGUGUUUGCAGUGGAUAAUUAAAAUGGGUGCAGACAGUAAUAUUACCAACAAAGCAGGAGAGAAGCCCAGUGAUGUGGCUAAGAGGUUUGCUCAUUUAGCAGCAGUAAAGCUAUUGGAAGGACUACAGAAAUUUGAUGUAGAUGAUGAUAAUGAAAUCGAUGACAAUGAUGUGAAGUUUUUUAGAAGACAUGGUGUUGAGGGAAGUACUGAUGCCAAGGAUGAUUUAUGUCUCAGUGAGUCGGAUAAAACAGAUGCAAGAAUGAGAGCUUAUAAGAAAAUUGUAGACCUGAGACACCUCCUGGAAAUUGCUGAGAGCAACUAUAAACAUUUGGGAGGGAUAACAGAAGAAGAACUUAAGCAGAAGAAAGAACAACUUGAGUCUGAAAAGACUAUCAAAGAGCUACAAGAUCAACUGGAGUAUGAACGACUACGUAGAGAAAAAUUAGAAUGUCAGCUGGAUGAAUCUCGAGCAGAGGUGGAUCGACUCAGAGAGACAAUGGGAAAAAUUCAGGAUAACUGUUCUUGUCAGUCAAACAAAGAGAAGAGGCAACCAAAGAAGAAAGUGUCUUCUGGGGGAGUUUUUGUAAGAAGGUACUGAUUAUUGUAAUAACUUCCAAUAAAUGUGGCUGAUUUUUAUCUUUAA